AUGGCUCCUCGCUUCUUAUUGGAUGACAAUGCACCACCAAUCAACACCACUGCCGUGGCCAUCGACAGAGACAAGAACAGCUCUCACGCCGUUCGUUGGGCUAUUGAUCAUCUCGUCAUCUCCAAUCCGUUCAUUGUGUUGAUCCAUGUUAAGAAUAGUUCCCAGAGCGAAUGCGAAUCUGACGACGACGUAAACAAGCUCUUCGUCCCAUAUCGUGGCUACUGCGCUCGCAAAGGGAUUCAAAUGAAGGAGGUUAUUCUUGAUGAUGCUGAUAUCUCUAAAGCACUUUUGGACUACAUUAGUAGGAACUUGAUUAACAACAUAGUCCUUGGUGCAGCAACCAGGAACGCAAUAUCAAGUUACUUGUCAUAUAGGAAAUUGAAAAGUGACAUCCCAACUACCUUGAUCAAAUCUGCACCAGAUUUUUGUUCUGUGUAUGUGAUUUCCAAAGGCAAGAUAUUGAUGGUGCGAGCAGCGCAACGACCCGUGUCGAACACCGCUGCUCCACCGAAGUCACCUCUAGGAAUGCCAUUGCAGUUUACGUUGGAUCAAAGCGAAGACGAUGGAUAUAGAGGACAAUAUAUGAAGGGAGUAGCAGGAAAUGCAGGACCGGAGAGGCUUUCUUUUGAUAAUUCCUCAAGAGUACCUAUGCGUGACAGACCCCGAAGCGCUUCAGGAAAUAUGUCAUGGGACAUUGAUGAAGUCCGAGGACCGUCAUCGCCGAGACGAGAUUCUUUGUCAAGUGACAUAGAAUUUCCUGAAAAACUUUCCCUCGGAUCUGUUGAUAUGUCUGACACAGAUCUCGAUUUUGAUGUGGGUUCAAGCGGCCAUUCGGAGCCAUUUCAACAAAGUGCGAGAGACAUAGAAGAUGAAAUGAGAAGGUUAAAGCUUGAACUUAAGCAAACCAUGGAUAUGUACAGCUCGGCUUGCAAAGAAGCUCUUACAGCCAAGAAAACGGCUAAUGAGCUUCAUCAAUGGAAGAUGGAGGAGGCUCGCAGGUUUGAGGAAGCCAGGCAAGCUGAAGAAGCAGCUCUUGCCAUGGCAGAGAAAGAGAAAGCUAAAUGCAGAGCUGCGAUCGAAGCAGCCGAGGCAGCACAGAGGCAAGCAGAGAUGGAAGCAUAUAGAAGAAAACAAGCAGAGUAUAAAGCUAAGCAAGAGUCAGAUGAGAAAAACCGGGCUUUGCAUACCUUGGCAAUUAACGAUGUCCGGUACCGAAAAUAUACCAUAGAAGAAAUCGAAGAAGCUACUGGAAAUUUCACAGCCGAAAACAAAAUCGGAGAAGGAGGUUAUGGACCUGUUUAUAAAGGCAAACUUGAUCACACUCCAGUUGCCAUCAAAAUUUUGAGACCAGAUGCUGCUCAAGGGAAGAGACAAUUCCAACAAGAAGUUGAGGUUCUUUGCAGCAUUAGACACCCUAACAUGGUCCUCCUACUCGGUGCAUGCCCCGAGUAUGGAUGCUUGGUAUAUGAAUACAUGCACAAUGGCAGCUUAGAAGACCGACUAUUUCGAAAAGGCAAUACUCGUCCGCUUUCAUGGAGGAGACGAUUUAAAAUCGCUGCCGAAAUCGCAACUGCACUUCUGUUCCUUCACCAAUCGAAGCCGGAACCGCUAGUGCAUCGAGACCUUAAGCCUGCUAACAUUCUCCUCGACCGCAAUUUCGUGAGCAAAAUUAGUGAUGUUGGUCUAGCACGGCUAGUUCCCCCUUCUGUAGCUGACAGUGUAACACAAUAUCACAUGACUUCGGCUGCAGGGACCUUCUGUUACAUAGAUCCUGAAUAUCAGCAAACAGGCAUGCUAACGACUAGAUCGGACAUAUAUUCUCUCGGAAUAAUGUUGCUCCAGAUUAUUACGGCCAGGCCUCCGAUGGGUAUCGCUCACCAUGUUGGAAAGGCCAUUGAAAACGGAACUUUAGCCGAUUUACUUGAUCCAGCUGUGCGAAAUUGGCCACUUGAAGAGGCUUUAUCAUAUGCUCAAUUGGCAAUGAAAUGUGCAGAGCUGAGGAAGAGGGACAGACCAAAUCUUGCCACCGUUAUAGUGCCGGAGCUUAACCGGUUAAGGGACAUUGGAUACAACAAUAAUGAUUCUAGCAGGAGCAACCAUGGACCUGGCAGCACUUGCCGGUAGCAGUGCGCACAGCAGUAGUGAUGUUAUUCGCAGUGCAAUCUCAAGUUCGAGGAUAUCAUCUCGAAAUAAGAUGGUGCUGCUGAAUGAAGUUCCAGAUGAGAUUGAACUAACAUUGCUUGUGAACAAAAUGGAAACGAAACGAUUCUGAAUUGCGCAAUACGACAUCGGAAAUAUGUAUAUAGCACUUGCGAAAAGGCUGCUCUUGUAUAGGGAGGGGUCAAUAGCAAAGAAGGGUCUAAUGAACGGCUUAACUUGUCUCCCAUGUUGACAGAUGAAUUGUAGUAUAACGGGCU